AUCCUAGCUAGCUAUAUAUCAUAACUUACAAUCCAGUGUAGCUCACGAGACUUGCAUGUCUUUCUCAUCACUUUACUUCAUAUAAAGAACCUCCCUUCCUCUGUUUCUCUUAUAUGAUUAUAUGGCGGAGCUACAGAGUGAGUCCCCCUCUGACAGCCGUCGCAAGGGCGGGAACACAGGGAAACGUGUGGUUGAGGUAGCCGCGAGUGGCAGUGCAGCUCCUUGUGGAGCAUGCAAGUUUUUGAGGAGGAAGUGUGUGAGUGGAUGCAUCUUUGCUCCGCAUUUUGGGACAGACCAGGGAGCAGCUAGGUUCGCAGCAGUGCAUAAGGUGUUCGGGGCAAGCAAUGUGUCGAAGCUGCUGCUGAAUAUUCCUAUGAACCGCAGGCAUGAUGCAGUGGUCACUAUAUCAUAUGAAGCUCAAGCCAGGUUGUCUGAUCCUGUCUAUGGCUGUGUCUCCACUAUACUUGCUUUGCAGCAACAGGUGGCAGCUUUAAAAGCUGAGCUGGCGCUGGUUCAAACCCAGUUAAUAAACAGUCAGGUGGCGGUAGCGAAUGCUUUUCAAAGCGCACAGCAACAACAGCAGCAACACCAGCACCAGAACAUUUCCAUCAUGCAGCCAGCAUACUCCAACAACUCCUCCGCUUCCAACAACUUCAUUAACUUGAGAAGCUUCAACCCUGGGUUGGAACUCGUAGGCGAAACUACGGUACCCACCACCCAAAGUUUUGAGCCUCUUCAACUUUCCCAGCCGCCCCAAGAUGAGUUGGAGGAAGAUGGGGAUGAAAAUCAUGAUCCAUCACUGGCGGUUGCAAAUCAGAUGAUUCACUCUGCGUAGUUUAAUUCCCUUUUUUCAUAUCUGCAAAUAAAAUCCAAAUGUGCUUGUGAGCAUAAUCACCAUGUAGACAGAAACAUAUCUUUAUAAAUGCAUACCUGAUAAAGACAACAUAUGUCCUUCUACCAGUCA